AUGCAAGAAUUCUCAUCAGGUAUAUACUAUGGUAGAAGUGUUAAUAAGGUUUAUAAUCAAGAAUUCAUUAUUGAUCGUCGAUUCAAAAUUGUUAAAGAAUUAGGACAUGGUGCCUAUGGUAUAGUUUGUUCAGCAAAAUAUGAUGAUGGUGAGUCACAUCAACAAACAGGGUCUUCACAUUCAACAUCUGAUGGAUCGUACGUCGCUAUAAAGAAAAUUACAAACAUAUUUUCCAAAAAGAUUCUUUGUAAAAGAGCACUUCGAGAAUUAAAAUUACUUCAAUUUUUCAGAGGUCACAAAAAUAUAACUUGUUUGUAUGAUUUAGAUAUAAUUCCAAAUCCAAUGACUGGAGAGUUUAAUGAAAUAUAUUUAUAUGAAGAAUUAAUGGAAUGUGAUAUGCAUCAAAUUAUUCGAUCUGGCCAACCUUUAACAGAUUCACAUUAUCAAUCAUUUAUAUAUCAAAUUUUAUGUGGAUUAAAAUAUAUCCACCUGGCAGACGUAUUACAUAGAGAUUUAAAACCUGGUAAUUUAUUAGUAAAUGCUGAUUGUGAAUUAAAAAUCUGUGAUUUUGGUUUAGCAAGAGGAUUUAGUGAAAAUCCAGAUGAAAAUAAUGGUUUUAUGACUGAAUAUGUGGCAACGAGAUGGUAUAGAGCACCUGAAAUUAUGUUAAGUUUCACAAAUUAUACAAAAGCAAUAGAUAUCUGGUCAGUUGGUUGUAUAUUGGCAGAAUUAUUGGGUAGUAAACCAAUUUUUAGAGGUAAAGAUUAUGUUGAUCAAUUAAAUCAAAUUUUAAUGAUUUUGGGUACUCCACCAGAGGAAACAUUAACCAAAAUAGGUUCACAAAGAGCUCAAAAUUAUGUUCGAUCAUUGCCAUUUAUGCAAAAAAUAAAUUAUUCAGAAAUUUUCCCUCUGGCAAAUCCAUUAGCAUUAGAUUUAUUAGAAAGAAUGUUAACAUUAGAUCCUUAUAAAAGAAUAUCGGUAGAAGAUGCAUUAAAUCAUAAAUAUUUGGAGAUAUGGCAUGAUCCAAAAGAUGAACCAGAAUGUCAAAUUAAAUUUGAUUUUAAAAGUUUUGAAAAUUUUGAUGAAAUUGAUGAUAUGAAACAAUUAAUAAUAAAUGAGGUUAAAAAUUUUAGAGAAUUUGUAAGAAAACCAAUUGAAGAACAACAACAAAUACAGCUACAAUUACAAUUACAAAAAAAGGAGGAACAACAGGCAGAACAAUAUUAUCAAGAUGAUAUAUUGCAAACUAAUAUGACAAAUGAUUUGGAAAAAGAUUAUCCAAGACCACAAGAAUUAAAUGAUUUUGCUUACUUAGAACAAUCAAAUCCUGAAUAUUAUAGGUUAGAAGAAGAUUUAGUAUAUGGUUUAGAUGGAAAUAUACAUUUCAACUAA